AUGGAGAAGAUAAGCAGCUCUUCAGGUUCAUCGGGGAGUCCAAGGUAUUUGGUGACUGGUGUUCAGACGGGCUCCCUGUCCAGUAAGAGACUGUGUCACGCUGUGCGUAUGAAAACUCCGCUGGAGCGUCUCCCACCUGAAGGUGCUGGUUCUACGAUUGGGUCCAAACAGCCGCGGGACUCUCCUUGUAGAGGUCCUGAAUACAGUUCUGCAUCCCUUUGCCUCCCUGUAUCGGACAAAGGAAUUUUGUGUGAAAAAUGUAUUGCCCAGCUUGAGGUCCUGAAGGAGAAAACACACAGUCUUUUAGUUCCAAGAGACGUCGCCUCUAAGGACCCAAAAUUUGGUACAUUCCAACUACCUGUGGGUGCCACAGAGACCUGGGAUGAGCCAGGCCCUCUCUGUGAUAUUUGCGGCACUCACCUGAGCCAGCUGAAGCAGGCGGCUGUCCACAUGGUCCUUACCCAGGAGCAUGCCAUAUGGGCUAGUCCGUCCUCUGCCAACAUCUUUACCAACUCUCCUGCCUCAGGCGUGCAUACUUUCCCUAGAAUCUCCACCUCUCACUCUGGUCCCUCUGAGCCUAGGCGGGUGCCCGGCAAUCUGGGGAUGGAGAAAUGGGUCAAAGGAAAUCAGCACCUGGAGGUCACGUCUCAGAGUAAUGGAAUCACAGUGCUGCCUCAUGAGGUUUCCUCAGAGGAGAGAAAAGGAAAAAAGAAAGGUGCCAUGCCCUCAGCAGCACUCUGCCACCUAGGAACCCAUCUGCCAUCUCUCCCUCCUCGAGUAUCAGCCCUUCUCCCUAUGGGGACCUCAGCAGCUGUGUCAUUCUUUGUCAGGGCAGCACAGAAGUUGAACCUGACCACUAGGAGGCGAAGGCAAGGCGAUGAAAGUGACCUCACCACCUGCCAAAGCAACUUCAGUAGUAUCCUCCAGACAGCACCUCCCCCUGUGCCUCCAAGCCUCUUCCAAGUUCUAAAUAAAGGCAAGGAGUCAUCAGGAAUGGGAAAGGUCAAAGUGAUGUUGCGAGUUUGUCCGUCCUUUAUGGAAGACUCAUCACAGUCACACUGCUUCAAGUUAGAUACUCAGAAGAAACAGGUCACUGUUCUUGACCCGUUAUCCCAUGUUUCGCUGAAGACUGCAGGCAUUACAUUCUCUCCAAAAACCUUCACAUUUGAUGCUGUCUUCAGCCAAGAGACAUCCCAGGCUGAGGUGUGUGAGGGCACUUUGUCUGAAGUUCUUAAGUCUGUGAUUGGUGGAGCUGAUGGCUGCAUCUUUAGCUUUGGACACACUAAAGUGGGAACAUAUUACACAAUGAUUGGAUAUGAUGACUGCACACAAAAUCUUGGAAUCAUCCCAUCUGCCAUCACUUGGCUUUUUAAGCUUAUUAACAAGAAGAAGGAGAAGAUGGGUGUGAAUAUCUCCGUACACAUAUCUGCUUUGGAAGUCUGUGGAAAGAAUGAGGUUCUAAAGGACUUAUUGUCUGGAGUAGAUUCAGGUGAUCUUCCAGACAGCCAUAAGCCAAAUGUAUACCUUCUUGAGGACCCUCUAUCUGGAAUACAGCUUUGCAACCAGAGUUUACAGUGUGCCUCCACUGCUGAGAGGGCAGCCUAUCUUCUGGAUGUGGCUCUUACUUCUCGCAUCAGCAAUGUACCAGGUUGCAGUAGUGUGCCCAAAAACAGCAGUCACAUGUUUUUCACCUUCCAUAUUCUCCAGAAUCACUUAGACAGCAGCAUCAAAGCUGCAAUCGCUACAUUGUCUUCAUUUGUUUCCUACAGGGACAGUAAACUGGCCAUGUUGCUGCAAGAAUCCAUGGGCAACAUUAACUGCCACACUGUAAUGAUUGCCCAUAUCUCUGCCUCUUAUGGAGACCUCUCAGAGAGUCUCUGCACCAUUCAAAUUAUGUCGCGUCUCCGUAGAGAGCAAAAGAAGGCCAAGAAAUCAGCCUCUUGCUCACCCAGAGGAAGAAGCAUGGGUAGAGAGAGGAAAAUGCAUCAGUCUAAUGGUCUAAGAACUUUCCAAUUAGGAGAUAAUGUGGACCACAACCUCUCCCUGCCACAGCUCUGUGAUCUAGGGGAUUGUUAUGGAAGUGACAAGUCUUGUGACACAGUCGUCCAUGUGGAUCCAAAUGGAUGGGUCCUCCCUGAUAAAGCUGUUACCAGUAAGACCAAAGCAUUUGUGCCCAUUAUCCCUUCUUUACACACAAACAAGGCAGAAACAGAGAAGUCAUUAUUUUCAGUGCAAAAUGAAGUCUCACAGCCAAUAGAGACUCACGUAAUGCGGAGACAAACGGAGAAAGAGAAGAAUAAACAAAACCAAUUACCAGUGGCAAAUGAAGGACCCAGUAAACCUCAUCAAGACUGUCUCAAGUGCAACACUUUUGCUGAAUUGCAAGAGCGACUGUAUUGUAUUGAUGGGAGUGAGUUAGUUAGCAUGUCUGCAGAUGCUUUGAUCAAAUCAGAACCUAUGCCAAGCCUCACAAAUGGAAAAGAAAUUAACAGAACAGCUACAGCGAUGUCUGCCAGACAACUGGAGAUAAAGAGUGAAAGCAAAAAAGAUGCCACUAUCUGUAACACUGACAAGAUACCUUCUGCUGCCCAUACCAAAGAUGACCGAUUACAUCCAACAGAUUCACAAGCUUAUUUCCAGACGCAAGUAUCUCUAGGAAACCAACAUUGCCCAGAACCAUUCCCGAGGAAUGAGGCACCCGUCGCCAUGGCCCUGCCGCUAGAUAACCAAAAGAUGUUUCUGGAUGACCCCUUGCUCCAAUCUGACAUGCGGAUUUCUCCUGUAGGAAAGAGCUCCUCUUCCUCUUUCUCUUCUACCUUGUCUGCUAACUUGACCUCCCCUGUGACUGACCCUGUCAUGUGCAAUGACGUCAUUCCUCAGAGUUCCACAGAGAUUCCAAAGAAGGAGAUGAAGGCCAUCAUCACUAUAACCGUUCAGCAUCCUUUGGACCUAAAUGGGCAGGAUGAACUUGUGUACACAGUGGUGGAGGAGCUGACAAUAGAUAGUGGAGCAAUAGAAAGAGACAGAUCCACGAACAUAAUAAGUUUCAAUGACUCACGUAUCAAGUCGUUGGUAUCAGGAUCUCAGCCUGGGAGGAUUGUCAGUAGCAUUACUGAGGAACAAAAAAUCAUUGAUGUUUCCUCCUCGGCAAUGACCUCAGAUGGUAAACCCCCUAAGCCCCUACCUAAUUCACCUGCCGUUCCACCAAGUCCGAGGAGUACCCUGGAGAGGAGGCAGUCUUUGACCAAACAGUGCAUCUUUGCAUGGGCUAAACAGAGUCUGCCAAUUCCUUCCAUGUGGAAGUGCAGUCCCAAUCAGAAAAGGACAAGCAGCAUGCAACCCAGCAUGUCCAGCAGUCCCGAAGAAAGUGAUAUGUCACCUCUCUUGACGGCUAGACGAGAGAUUGGCAAGGACAGUCCAAGAUCUCCCGUUGAGGAAAGCAGCAGACUCUUCAGUGCAAGACUGGAACAAUUAACAAAUCGAAGUCACUCAUUGCGCGGAUCACCAUUAGACUUCUCUGACUUAGAUUCCUUAAAAAAGAGUGAUUCUAUGAUCUCUCUGGCCUCCAGUGGAAGUGUGGAGGGAUAUUGUCCUGCAGGCUCUGUCGACAGGAAAUCUUUGGAGCAGUGCAUUAAUAUGGCCACUCAUGGCUCAAAGGGUGAAUGGGAUCCAGUGAUGCACAGGCUUGGUAGGAGCAGUCGACGGGUUCCAAAGUUUUUCCCUAUCCAUGACAGUGAUAGGAGUAACUCAACAGAAUCAUGCAAAGACAAUCAAUCUAAGACUUCAGACAAGCAUGUAUCUGAUCCAAAGGUCCACACAUUGCCAGUUACGUGCUCCAAAGAUUCAACCUUUUCCCCCAAAUCCACCAAACGUUCACUGAAUAGGAGUUCAAGUCUGUCCCCUAAUGGAGUAUCUUAUAACCGAAAUGUGUGGCGUACCCAGUCCCUAACCCGCAAUCAAGGUUCUGGCCUAAUUACAAAGUCCUCUCAAAAAGUCAUGAAUGGGCGUAUCUCUGAGCUCCUACAAACAAGCAGAGAAUCCCUAUCUAGUCGUGGCCAAAUGUGUUCAGAUCUGGAAGAAAAUAAGAGUUCAAAGGGAAAAGUACCAUUAUUGGUUCACACCUUGCCUUCUCCUUACAGUAGGAUCACUGCCCCUCGUAAGCCAAACUAUUGUAGUGGCCAUGCCAGUGAUAACACCAGUGUGCUAAGUGGAGAACUUCCUCCUGCCAUGUGUAAGACAGCUCUGCUGUACAACAGGAACAGCAUGUUCAGCAGUGGGUAUGAAAGUAUGAUGAGAGACAGUGAGGCUACGUGCAGCAGUAUUUCAACGCGAGAGUCCAUCAGUGAUCGUAGCUGCCCCCUCAACUCUUCAAAAGGUGCCAAGGGCUCAAGGAAAAGGAGCAAAACAGGUAAGGACAUGAGGAGGCCAUCACAAGACACCCUUCUGUCUUUGAGGAGGUCAUGCAGCGGUCCCAAGGUGCACUGGGUGGACAGAGGAGUUUCUGAUUCUUAUGAAAUCAAAGUCUAUGAAAUUGAUGAUGUAGAGCGUUUGCAGAAAAAAGGAGAAGCAGGCAACAAGGGUGUAAUCUGCUUCAGUGCCAAACUGAAAUUCCUGGAACAUCGUCAGCAGAGGAUUGCUGAAGUGCGGGCCAAAUACAACGCCUUGAAGAGGGAGCUGGAGAUUUUGAAGCAGCACCUAAUGGUCGACCCAAGGAAAUGGAUACAGGAGUUUGAUCUGUGGCAGACUUUUGAAGUGGACUCCCUGGAGCAUCUGGAGGCCUUGGAGUUGGUCACAGAAAGACUAGAGAGCAGAGUCACACGGUGCAAAGCUCGUUUAAUGAUGGUCACAUGUUUUGACGUCACACCGAAACACAAAGGAAAGAGACGCUGUUGGCAAGUGCUAGACCAUAAAGGCUUUGUGGGAAUUUAG